UUCUACAAUUGGCCUGAUGAAUCCUUUGAAGAAAUGGAUAGUACAUUAGCUGUCCAGCAGUAUAUCCAGCAAAACAUAAGGGCAGACUGUUCCAACAUUGAUAAGAUCCUUGAACCUCCUGAAGGCCAGGAUGAAGGUGUAUGGAAGUAUGAACAUUUAAGACAAUUCUGCCUUGAGCUCAAUGGACUAGCUGUCAAACUUCAGAGUGAAUGUCACCCAGACACAUGUACUCAGAUGACAGCAACUGAACAAUGGAUUUUUCUGUGUGCAGCUCAUAAAACUCCCAAAGAGUGUCCUGCUAUAGACUACACCAGACACACACUUGAUGGAGCUGCAUGUCUUCUGAAUAGCAAUAAAUAUUUCCCCAGCAGGGUUAGCAUAAAGGAAUCCUCUGUAGCCAAAUUAGGAUCAGUGUGCCGAAGGAUUUACAGAAUAUUUUCACAUGCUUAUUUUCAUCACCGGCAAAUAUUUGAUGAAUAUGAAAAUGAAACUUUCUUGUGUCACCGGUUCACUAAAUUUGUGAUGAAGUAUAAUCUGAUGUCCAAGGAUAACCUGAUUGUACCAAUUUUGGAAGAAGAAGUACAAAAUUCAGUGUCAGGGGAGAGUGAGGCAUGAGGGGAAGGGCAGUACAGAAGCCUGUACUGAAUAUAAACAAAACAUUAAUUAUGUACUGUAUAUAUCAUUUUAGACACUUCAAUCACGUAUCCUCAUAGCUUUGUUAGUAUACUUUUUGUAUGCUGUGUGCAUUGCCUUUUAUUAUGGGAAAUACUUUAAGUUAUUCAUGGGCUGUAUAUUCAUCAAUGUGGCACUCAUGGUUUUUAAAUAAAAGUAGUAGUAUCUGUUUAUAAUGCCUGUUAAUAAAAGAAUUUACAGUUCUCUAAAA